ACCCUUCUCUCCUCCGCUCCGCUCCGCCCCUCUCUCACGCAGUUCACACACUCCUCUCCCUCUCCUCAUCCCACCAAAACCUAAGCAGAGGAGCUCCGAAUCCAGGCUCGCAUGGCCAACCUCCUGCACCUCCCGGACCUCGCGGCGGCCCGGCCGCCCGCGCACGGCGUCGUGCGGAGGAGGGGGGCGAGGGUCGUGGCGGCGGCCAGGGCCGGGGGCCGCGUGAAGCAGGAGGAGGCCGGGACGGGGACGGGGCGGGGGCGGGUGAUCAGGGUCACGGACCCCGUGCGGGACGGGAGGCUGCCGGUGCCGGCCCCGCCGCCGCUCUUCUCCGUGCCGAUGACGCCGGCCUCGGAGUCGCCGGCGGCGACCACGCGCCGGGACAACGACGAGGAGGAGCGGCGCAGGUACUACCUCAACCUGGGCUACGCCAUCCGCACGCUCAGGGAGGAGAUACCCGACGUCUUCUACAAGGAGCCCAGCUUCGAUAUCUACAGAGAUGAUAUCGUCUUCAGAAACCCUUUCAAUAAAUUCGAGGGCAUUGACAAUUACAGAAGUCUAUUCUGGGGAUUGCGCUUUACUGGACGUAUCUUCUUUAAAGCAUUAUGGGUUGAUAUAGUUAGUAUAUGGCAGCCUGCCGAGAAUCUUAUUAUGAUUCGCUGGAUUGCCCACGGCAUUCCUAGAGUCCCAUGGGAUGGCCAUGCCCGCUUUGACGGUGCCUCCGUUUACAAACUCGACAGGAAUGGGAAGAUCUAUGAGCAUAAGGUACAUAACAUUGCUACGACCCCACCGACAAAGUACAAGGUCCUGUCUGUACAAGAGCUAGUCAGAUCACUUAGCUGUCCGUCCACUCCAAAACCAACAUAUUUCGAGGCUUCAUCUCAAUCUUUGAGCACGGCGUCGCUUUAUUCGAGGUUGGCAUGGAUCAGACGCCUAGCAAAUCUCAGAGGAGAAUAGGAGACAAAUUUAUACAGAAUAAAUUUGUUCUUGGUUGAGCUGUAUGGACUGCAGUGCUGCAUAUGUUUGUGAGCAAGCUGAUUUGGGGGCGUGCCUGCUCCGGUUCCCUGAAGUCGCCGAUCUGGACAUUGCAACGGUCUCCAAAACAGCAAGUCUGACUACUAGUUUUAUUGCAGUAUUAUAUCUAUAAAUCCAGGCUAAAAUUAUAUAUGUUGUGAACCAUAUGAAGUCCAGCAUUAUUAUGUCUAUAAAUCCAGACUAAAGUUA